AUGGCAGCAUCUCUCUUUCUCAACCGCCCUCCCUUUCUCAACCGGCUGAAACUUAUCAACUCUCACCUUGGCGGAUCUCUCCAUCCGACUGCCUCCUUCCUCUCUACGAAGCACAUCAGCCCGACUGUCCAGUUUCCGCCCCUCACGGCGAGUCGGCCAGAUACCUACAGAUGCUACUUUAUCCCGGGCGUCGGUCCUGAUACCAGCUCCGAUGACGAUGUCGGUGAAGGUUUCCCCAUCUUCAUUUCGCUCUUCGACGGUGGUACUUCGCUUCUUUCUGCGGCUUCAUGUUUUCCGUUUUCUAUUUCCCUUCCCUCAUUUUUGCCGUUGUUUAUAUUCUCUUCUUUAUAUGAAUGGGGCGAACCCGUGGACAUCAACGGCUAUGGCGCCAAGUUCAAGCUUGACUACGAUGGACUGCACAUGAAUGUUUUCCUUCCCGGAGUGAAAAGGGAAAAUGUGAAGGUGUCGGUCAACCAUGGGAAGCUGUGCAUUGAGGGCACGAAGAAGGAUUUUGAGGAGCAGAAAGAAGAGACCAAGAUGAAGUACGAGAGCGACGAGAUACCAGAGGAUCUGUACAAUACUGAUGAGAUGACAGCUAACAUGAAGGACGGGGUUUUGAAAGUUUUCAUUCCCAGGAUCAAUAGGGCCAUUAAGUGGUAUAUGUUUAAGUAG